AUGAUGGAAGGUCUCACCGCCAAAGUCUUCCGUACCUACAAUGCCUCAAUCACACUGCAAGACGAAUUGGGUAAGACUGUGCUCAAAGCUAGCGCCACCCCCAUUGAGAAGCUGGCGGCCUACAACGCAGCGAAUAGGGCUGUUGCUAUACUUUGUAACCAUCAAAGGGCCGUGCCCAAGGCGCACGAUGAGAGUAUGGGCAAGAUGCAGGAGCAGGUGAAAGGCUGGAAGAAAGAUCUCAAAGACCUCAAAAAAGAGAUCAAGGGUCUGGACAAGAAAAGCAGUGCGCAUGAGAAGAUGACCAAGAAAAUCAGCACCCUGGCUCUGCGGAUACAGAAGAAGGAGGUGCAGAUUGGGGAUAAGGAAGACAACAAAUCCGUGGCGCUGGGCACAUCCAAGAUCAACUACAUGGACCCUCGAAUUAGUGUGGCCUGGUACGUACACGAUGAUUGUUCUGAGUGA